AUGAGGCUAACUGUGAAAAGGAACUCUCAGGCUAACAGGCUAAGUGCACUCUUCAAAGGCAGAAGAACAUCUGCAACUGACAAACAAGCAACGGAUGAUGAUGCGGAAAGAACUCCGGAUACGUUCAGUAUCCAGAAACAAUCUACUUGUUUCACAAGCGAAGAAUUGAGCCUUUUUCAUAAUUCAAAGAGAGUAAAGGAGACAGAGUAUCUCACUGUUCUUAAUCGUAUUCUACAAGAACAAAUAAUCAACACGACAGAAGUUUACACCAUCGCUGGAAAGAUGAUAAGGGUUGAGGUGCUUGAAGACACCGAACUAUAGUAUCCCAGUCUACUACUCACUGGAUAAAAAAAUUGUCUUUUUCUGCCGAACUACAACUUAAGGAAAAUGGAAACAAUAACGAUAUGUCGGCCAGACUUGAAAUAGGUCAGUUUUUGCCCGUCUCUUUUGAAUUCAGACGACAAGCGUGGAGGUCACGUAAUGCAUUUCAUCAAAUGUGCAUUGUCCUCAAUAGGAUUGAAAGGAAGUCACUCAAGAAUUAACUUCCCUCAAGCCUUCUGAAUGCGGACAGCGGUGACGGAGAAGUGAACUAACUCACUUUAGUACAUGUUGCUUCAGAAAUUUUCUAGAAAAAAGGCCAUUUGUUAUACGCUUACAGGAGGUUCGAAUGUAAUUAAAUUAGAAAUAAUUAUUUAAUAACAUGCAUGUUACAGUUACUUAAAGAGUAUACUUUUUAUACUGUAUUCAUGUUUUAGCCCAAAAAGUGCACUGAGCCUCGCAGUAUUGUAUUGCAACGGCUUACCAUGUUCAUUAUCAUGCCGUUUCUCGUAACUAUAGCAACCGUACCAAAAUCUGUCGAGUGAAGACAAAAACCAAAGUAAACAGCCUGUGAGCAAGCUCGCAUAUUCGGGCGAGCGAAGAACGCGAGAACGAGAACGAGAACGAGAGAAGAACGCGAGAACGCGCGAGCGGGGGGCUUCGCCGCUCGCUCGCGCGUUCUCGCGAGACUAGCUUCGCUCGCCGAAAUAGGGGAGCUUGCUCGCAGGCUAAUCAAAGUACAGUACAGGAAGAGUUACCAGUAUGUACAGAAUAGUCUUAAAUAAAUUCAGGCAUCUACCCGUCCGGAAGCCAAAAAGAAACUUUUUUAGGGUGACGGGGGGUUACAGAUUUUCCUUCUAUUUUGGCUAAGAUUGUAGGUUUGUUUUAGGAGCACCAUGCUUCCUCGAUCUUGACAACGACAAGUAGAAUUCCAACAGAGUUCUCGCCACACCACUUAUCGCCAUCGAGGGGAGCAGUUAUUUGGUGGUUCAUCCUCUAUUCGCGGUUACAGUUCAUACAAGUAUCGACUUGGGAGGUCUAGGGUUAGGGUUAGAUGUGUUAGUACUUUAGCUUGUGUGCAACAGACGUCUCGUAUUUUAUUUCUUUCACGUGAAGCAAAGGAAAUAGCAGACACAUUUGUAUACAAACUACAGGCUAUCAUUUACAGACAAAAAAAAAGCUGUUGCAUUCACCAAGUAUAUUAAAAAAUCAAGAGCAAUGUCUCAUUGUGGUGGCAGGUGUACACAUAACAUCAUAAGAACAAGGGAUCGAGGUUUUUAAAUUCGUUUCUCGAGAUUGGACGUUGAAACAAUAGACAAUGAGUUGAGCGCGCAAUCUCUCCAUUUGGGGAGUCGCGAGAAGUCACGCGAGAGCCGCACCCGAAAGGAGACGCGACUCGCGGCUCGCUUCGCUCGCCACUCAAAAUGGAGCGCUUGCAUUUUACACACUCGGGGGUGCACGCGAGCAGCGCUCAAUGUCACUCGUUGAGUUGAGCAUGACUCAUCACUGGCAAUUCAGACCCCAAGCGUUGACCCUGAUUCAUUUCGUUUCGCAUACAGAAUUAAAUUUCGAACUUUUUUACAACUAACAUGAUGGAAAAAAAGUUGCUGCAUCCACAGAUGUGGACAGCUCCUCGCCAACUUUAACAUUCAUGUGGUCGUCGUUUAAGACGGUUGAUAGUGAAAUAGACCUUUUCACGGUUUAUGACGCGAUCUUGGCUGGCGGACAAAACACGGAAAAAAUUACAGUGAAUGUAUGGGAUUUUGGCCCACUUAAAAAACCGCUAUAACGCCGUUACAAAGAGGCGGAUUUCCAACAUUUGCCACUACCUUAAAUAGUUUUAUUGAUAUCAUUCAUUCAACAGAAAAUAAGGCUAUUAAAGAAGGUACGACAUCUGUAAAUUCGAAUUAUAAAUCUUCUCAUAUGGCUUCUAAUUUCAUGGUAAUUUGCAUAAUGUUGAUUCGAAGGGUUUGUAUGAAAUUUUAGAAAUUCGUUUACGGUUGUCAUAACCUGAAUCUUUCCUUUAUACUUCAUGAAAAUAAUCUCAACACAAAUGUUUUUUAAAAUACAUUUUCGCUGUGGAAAUCCGACUCUUUGCAGCGGCGUUAUAGCGGUUCCAAGUGGGCCAAAAUCCCAUACAUUCACGGUAAUUUUAGCCGUGUUUGCCCCCCAGCCAAGAUGGCGUCAUAAACCGUGAAAAGAUCUAUUACCCUGUUAAGCAUCACGUAUUAAUUUAGGCCAAAUAAGGGAGCAACCCCGCUCCCAACCGAUCCGCGUUAUAGGGAGAGAUGCAAAGUAGGGAGCGGGGCAAUUCUGAAGGCCUUGAACGAACAGAUAACAAUUGAGGAAUUUGAAGACCUCUUGUACUGAAUAACUGCAAAACAACUAAUUUCUUGAAGUAAUGUAUCUUGGUAUGGACUAUUUCUCCUAACCUUCAUACAGGCUUUUUGUCUGGUGCGUGAUUGCGUGAGGUCGGCUCUAAGCGUUGACAGGACGCGACCUGUGCCUAAUUUCCUUGCGCCGGAGGUACUCCCUAUAACGACCUAUACGGGAUCGGAAGAUUCCCCCCCCCCGAAAGAGGUACUUUUUUCAAGUUUUCAAGGUACAGUAUAGGAAAGGGUAAAGAUUACACUAGUUGAAGUAUAUAAAAGCGUAGGGAAAUCUGUCAUUUCGGUCUGUAAAAUGGCCCAAAAGAACUAACAGAAGCAUUUUAUGGCUGUGAAAAAGUCGACACAACUUCCUAGUUUUGGGAUUUAUUCACUUUCUGACAGUGCAUUGGAAGCAGUUGGAAGGGAUAA